UAAAUGCUUGGCCGGGACACUCCCAGCGACCUCCUCUAGUACUCAGCCGGCGACUCUUUCCCACUCCAACGAUGCACCCUUCUCCGCUGCAUCAUGUCCGCCGCCUCCUCCGCCGCCACCUCCUCCUCCUCCCUGCUCGUCGUCCUCCCCCGCCUCCUCGCCAUCGCCCUCUUCCUCCUCCUCCUCUUCACCCUCCUUGCCUUCUACCUCUGCCUCCGCCGCCGCCGCCUCCCAAACCCUAACCUCGACCCUCUACCCAACGACUCCAUUACUCUUCCACGGAUAAUAUUCGUCGCCGAGGACGACGCCGACGGCGGCCGCGCGUCCGGGCUCGACCAGGCGGCCAUCAGCUCGUACCCUAAGUUCCCCUUCGCGGCGGCCAAGGGCGGCGACCCCCUCUGCUCGAUUUGCCUCUGCGAGUACCGGGAGGGGGAGAUGCUCCGGAUGCUUCCCGACUGCGGUCACUGCUUCCACCUCCUUUGCGUCGAUGUGUGGCUCCAGCUCAAUGCCUCCUGCCCCGUCUGCCGGAACUCGCCGUUGCCGACGCCGGUGCAGACUCCGAUCUCAACGCCUCUGUCAGAACUUGCUCCACUUGCGCAGUUCGUGGCUGACCGCAGGAGGAGGUAGAAAUUUGAUGACAAAACCAGUGGUACAAAUGGUAGCUGGUGACCUGAAAAACUUCUAGUGCUGCAUCAUCUUUGUAUUGUGAUAGUCUUGACGAUUUAGCUUGUGAUUGCAUUGCGCUUCAUUCGAGUUAACCAAUCAUGCAAAAUUCACGUACAUCAAACACGGUAACACUGGACUAAAGUGGUGUGUGCUCCUGCGCUACGGUGCACCGACAAUGAACUUUCACAGUUAACUAGGUAUUCAUCGGUCAGUUCCUAAUUGAGAUGCACUGUGAAUUAAUUUUCUCCAGUGAAAAAAUAAUCUUGAAAUGUUGACUAUAGAGUGAUGUGCCAUUCGCAUCUCUGGAUUUUUUUUAGUAGUUGAUGGAAAAUUUCAAUGGUUGAAUGAAUUAUUAUUAU